GCCGCCAAAACAUAGACAGAGUCACCCGGCAGCGGUGCACUUGAAGACUUGCGGAGACGCGCCAUCUGGAGUAACGGGACCGCGCGUCGAGUGUUUUGUUCAGUCGAGUGAGGAGCAAAAGGAAGCGAGCUAGAAUUAUGGGAAGAGCCACGCGGCUGCUCGGCGUGUUCCUCGUGCUGGUGGCCAUCGGCCUCGGCGACGACGAGCCGCCCAAGUGGUCGUCGGCCAAGACCGACAGCAACCCCCAACCGCCUCCACCUCCAGGACCCGAAGGCCGGAACCGCGAGGGCAAGAACUUGCUGGCCGAUUUGAUUGGCCUGGGCACAGGACCUGAGACGGAUCCGUACCUGGCCGCGGCCAACUCGCAGUGUCUGAACGGCGACCUGGCCGAGUGCUUCAAGUCGCGCGCCCUCGCCUCCAUGGAUGACUUUUUCCAGCAGGAGCGGUACCAGUUGGGCGACCACGCCAGGGUGGUUCGUCUGCCCGGCUGGAGGCAGCGCGUCGGCAAACAGUACGAGUUUUCGUCCAGCACCCCCAGGGCGGAGGAGACUGAGUGGGACCACUUUACCAAAUUCUUGAUGCGCAAGGCCGAGGACUUCGUCCGAUCUGCGGCUAUCGAAGUCAACGUGCCGCAGGAGCUGCUCGGACAGGAGCACGGACGCUUCGCGCCCCGCUUCGUGGAUGAGAUCGCCAGCGAAAUUGACAUCAUUGAGGACAAGACUGAAAAUUCUUUCUCUCGUACCAAGCUUAAGAAGCUCUUCAUCCCCCUGCUGAUCAUCCUCAAGCUGUUCAAGCUGAAGCUGCUGCUCUUCCUGCCCUUCAUCCUUGGUUUGGCUUCAUUCAAGAAAAUCCUUGGCUUCCUUGCCCUCGUCGUUCCCGGCCUCAUCGGCUUCUACAAACUCUGCAAGCCCAACAUCCAGGGCCCCUACGGCAACUACGGCCACAGCAAUUUCUACAGCCAACCACCCGUUGCGGCGCCGCAAUAUCCCUAUUACGGCGGCGGCGGCUCUUUCUACGGCCGCGACACCAACAAUCUGCAGACGGCGGCUUCGUCCCACGCCUCAUCCCCAGUCUCAUUCAGGGACCCCGAAGACCACCGAGACUCGCACCAAAUCGCUUACCAGGGAUAUCCCCAGUACCAGUAAAUUUUUACAGAAAAAAAUUAUCAUUUAAUUUUGAGAAACGAUCAGUGCCACAAUUUAAUCAAAUUAUUAUUUGGCAAAUUCAUUUUUAAUUCAUCUUGUGCCAGAGGAUUUUAAUAUUUUUUUUUUUUUUUUUUU